AUGGCAUCAGUGCUAUUCGCUCCGGGAUCAUGGCCACGCUAUGUACUCAGCGCCAUCUUCUUUGUAAUAACUUGCAUGGGGAUGGGGAUUGCUGCUUUACUUAUAUUGGUGCCAAGUACGAUCCUCUACGUGUUCUCAAAAAGGGCAUAUCGCGAGAUUUUACGAUGGGCUAUGCAUUUGUUGGCCUCUUGGAUGGUAUUGAUUACGUGGGCGCUGGCUGGGCCAGUAGAAUUUGUUGUCAGUGGAGAUUGGGAUAAGCUCUCAAAGGAAGAUCAGGUCGUGAUGAUGUCCAAUCAUCAAACUUAUACCGAUUGGUGGUGGAUUGGUUUACUUGCUCACAUGUAUUGUGCACAAGGCACCCUUUAUAUCAUACUGAUGAACUUCAUGAUUUUUAUACCCAUCAUUGGUCAAAUCAUGUAUCUGUCUGGCUUUAUCUUUUUAAAGCAGAGCUGGAAAAAGGACAAGAAACUGGUACAGAAGAGACUACAGGGGAUGAAGGCUGUUGGAUUACCAUACUGGUUGCUAAUCUUCCCAGAAGGAACUCUCAAUACACCACCAGGCAAAAAGAUGUCUCAUGAAUUUGCUGUAAAGACAGGAAUAUCACCUGAACCAGUCCAUGUAUUACUGCCACGAUCAACAGGGUUGCAAUUCUGUUGCAAUAAAUUGAGACCUGAGCUCUCGGCGCUGUAUGAUAUUACUAUAGGAUACUCAGGAAUAGCAGCUGAUGAAGUGCCAUACUAUAAACACUUGCCUACUACUGUAUUUUUCAGUGGAACAGGACCCAGACGUGUCCACUUCCAUAUCAAACGCUUGGACUUGGACCGUAUACCAGGAAUCAGUUUUGGUGAAUCACGUACAAGUAAUACUAGCAGCAGUAAUGAAGAUGCAUUAAAGAGAGGAAACUCUGAAUCUACAUUGAAUGAAAACCACCAGGAAUCAUUCAAUACAUGGCUACGAGAACGCUUCUAUGUGAAGGAUAAACAAAUGGUCACGUUUUUUGACUAUGGAGAAUUCAUGGAUGAUACCGACUCAGGUUUCAGAAAAGAAAACAGUGUGAGCAUCAAAAUAAAACCAACAGUCUGGGAAUGGUUGUCGGUCAUCACUGCAAUCUUGCUGGUGUGGUUCAUUGCAGGGGCUAUAUUUUACGCUAUUGCUGCUCUUAUUAUGUACCUCGUGUAG